AAAAGCAUAGUCAGUUUGUGCUGUGGCCCAGCCCCAUCGACAGGGCUCUCCUAAGUUUUCAACCCUUAUAGGCAUCCAGUUGGCCUCAGACACCCUUAGGUAGAGGACUAGAUGGCUGAGCUUGGAGCCUCUGUGCAGGGCACAUGGCCAGGGGCCACACUACUCUGAAGUUUCACUACAGUCAGUGGUAGGGCUGGUAUAUCCCAGUUACUAGGGGCCAGUGUGAGGUGUGCUGAGCAGGGAGGACACAGGACUUCAUCUCUGACCAUUCAGGUGGCUGUAAGCAGCUCCUUCCAGCAGGAGGGUACACCCAGGGCUGGGCUGGGCGAUGCCUUUACCUACAGGCUGGAAAGGCUUGAGUCCUCUGAGAAGAUGCUUAUCUGUAAAAGAUUGGACGAUCUAGUCUUUCCAGAAGUCCUGAGAUGUUAAAGACUUUCACAGCCUAUUGGCUUGGGCUGAGACCCCAAGAGGAAAGGAGAUGAAGGGAAGGAGAGAGGCCUUUUCUGCCAUGCUUUGGAGGAGAAGGGCUAUAGUGACCAUGUAAGAUCUCGUGAGCAGCUGGGGCCUGUGGCCUCCACUACAGGUGGGUAGCCAAAGACGGUUGGCAGGGCUAAUUAGAACAAGCCACUAAGUUUAGGGCGGAAGGAGAUAUGAAGAUAAUAAAUUGGGAAGGGCAUGCAUUUCCAGGCAGGAGAUAUUUGUGCCCAGCAACUGCUUAGCAGACGAGAUAACAAGGCCGGUGUCUUUUAUCCGUGGAUUCUAGAGUCUCAGGAAUGGGCUGGUAAUGCAGUCCCUCCUGGCGCACAGUGGGCAGAGAAGCCGGGUUAGGGCUGGUUUUGAGGAUCCUGGAGCUGAGCAGGUGGGACAUAAGGGAGCCAGGAGGGCCUGGCAGCGCAGCACCUUCAGAACCACACAAUAGUUUAAUGUUUAUGGUGUUUGUUCCUAACCAGCCUAACCUCGUUCAGAAGGGGCAGUGACAACAGGCUGGCUGUCACAAAGACUGGCAAGGGGUUGGGUUAAGGGCCUGCUGAAGCCUUUGGUAGGAGCAGAGGCUUCGUUCUGGCCUCAGCACAUCUGAAGUAGGGUGCCCGGGUCUCUGUCAACACUGCCCUUCCCUCCUCCCUUCAGGGGGGACCUCAUCCUCCAGCAGUUGCUGUUGGCUUUUGCAGUGCUCAAGGAGACAUGCUAAGCGAGUCCUCUUCCACUAAGCUAUACCCCACCCCCCCUUGGGCUACGGGAGAGCUGCUGAGAGCUGAGAGCCUGAGAGGGGCAGCCCUCCAGGCCGCCCUCACCUGCUCAGACCCACAGACAUGGUGCCCGUGUGCAGCACUGUCAGGUGAUCACGUGACAAACCCGGAAGCCAAGGGUCACAGACACUUCCCUCUAGAGUGCCAGGGCUUGAGCCACUGUAGUAUCCUCACCAGGGAGGGCCACAGCUUCUCCCAAGACCGUCUUAGUAGCGUAGUCCUCAGACAGGAGCAUCAGUAGGAAGGCAGAUGUGGGCCUGGACGUAGAACAGUGGUUGGUAUUCUCAAGUUUGUAGCAAGACAAGAAACUGUGCCUCCUGUCCUAGCCUUGUAAGCCUUGGGCAGUAGGAUCCAGUGUGCCCUCACCCCUUGAAGUAAUUUCUUUGCCGGUGGCUUUGGCAUGUCACUCCUGGUCUGUUACCUAUUUUCACUGCUGUAAGAGUAAUAACCAGAUGCCCUUCAGGAGUGAUGCCAACCGUCACACUGGCUGUAGCAGCUCUGAAGUUUAGGCUGCAGCCCACCUCCGUUCCUACUGGCUCUCCCUCAGCUCCGCCUACUCUAGCCCCACCUCAGCAUGUCCACAAGACAUACCCAGACCUCUAGUUCACCUACCAAUGAAUCCCAGAACAGCCUUCUAAGUAGCCUGCCUGUGCAUCCUUGUCUACUUGGCACUUCUGCGGAGUCAGCCACUGCGGCAUCAUGUGGGCCCUGGACUUCCUGUUCUGCUUCCUCAUACACCGGGCGGCACAGGUGGACUCCAGUGGUGAGCACCAGGGCUCUGCCUGUGACACCAUCUACCCACUGGUUGUAGGGCAAGUUUGGGAGGAGACACAUGGGCAAGGGAAUAACCUCUACUAGCUCUCCUGGCUCCAUUCCUGGACUAAGGCCAGGAUGGAACUUUAAAGAACCACGCAGUGGUUCUCAGUCCCUGCCUCCUGUCCGCAGGUACCUGGUGCUACGACUCCCAAGACCCAAAGUGUGGUGAGAACAGUUGUAACAGGCUGUGUGGAUCUGUCUCUGUCAGCUCCAAAGGACUGGACACCAGGCAGAGGCAUGCUCUGAUUCUGAGUGUCUGCUGUCAGGAUCUGUGAGCCUAUGGGUGUGGCUAGACCAUGUGUGUGUUGGGAUGGCCGCCAGCAUGAGUAUGCAGCUAUGUCCCAGAUCUGCUCUCUCUCUGGGCCAGUAUGCUUGCAGACAUGGAAUAAGUCAGUCAGAUGGGUGCUGCUGCUGCGGCCGGGUGUGUGGAGGGCAGAGGGAGGGGCACCUGGGCACCAGUGCGUGGGCUCCCUCCCCAUUGCAUGUCCAGACCUGCCUCCUCGACCCCUGCUGCAGACUCUGGUCCUUGUUUCCUCAGGCCCUGUCCACUGGAAGGAGCUAGCACCUGCCUGUGGGGGCCCAACCCAGUCCCCCAUCAACAUUGACCUUCGAUUAGUCCAGCGGGACUACACUCUUAAGCCCUUCAUCUUUCAAGGCUAUGAUUCAGCACCUCAAGAUCCUUGGGUCCUGGAGAAUGAUGGCCACACAGUGCUCCUGCGAGUAAAUUCCUGUCAGCAGAACUGCCCAGCCAUCCAAGGGGCUGGGCUCCCGGCGCCAGAAUACCGGCUACUGCAGCUUCAUUUCCACUGGGGCAGCCUAGGGCACAAAGGCUCUGAGCACAGCCUGGACGGAAAGCGCGGCUCAAUGGAGAUGCACAUGGUCCACGUGAACACCAAGUACCAGAGCGUGGGGGAUGCACGGAGCCGACCAGAUGGGUUCGCUAUACUGGCUGUGCUGUUGGUGGAGGAGGACAGGGACAAUACCAAUUUCUCUGCCAUUGUGUCUGGUCUGAAAAAUUUAUCUUCAUCUGGGGUAUCUGUGAAUCUGACGUCCACCUUUGCGCUGGCCUCUCUGCUGCCCAGCGCUGGAGGGCUCUUGCGAUACUACCGAUACUCUGGGUCUCUGACUACUCCGGGCUGCGAGCCAGCGGUGCUCUGGACUGUCUUUGAAAACCCUGUACCCAUUGGGCAUGCGCAGGUAGUCCAGUUCCAGGCGGUGCUCCAGACUGGACCACCAGGCUUGCACCCCAGACCACUCGCCGAUAAUUUCCGCCCCCAGCAGCCUCUUGGAGGGCGCAGGAUAUCAGCGUCUCCGGAAGCAUCCAUCCGAUCAUCAGCCCCUAGCCUGUCCUGCUUGCACCGGGCUCUUUUGUGCGUGGGAGUUGGCCUGAGGCUCUGGCAGGGUCCCUAGGAUCCAGCAAUGACUCCACAAUAGUGCUUCCACAAUAAACCAUGC